AUGGCGUCGCACGAGAAAUCCAAUCCCGUCAAGGGCCUCCAAGACGUUGCAGCAGCAAAGACAGUGGAACUACUGGUCAAAUGCGACAACCCGACCACCGAAUUCCUUAAGCUGGACGAACACGUGCAAAGACUCAUCUUCAGCCACUUCCUCAGCACGUACGCCCUCCUCGAAAAACAAAAUGAGCAACUCCGUAGUGACGAGGACAAAACGAACGGCUUUGUCCUGAACGCCAAGUUCGUCUAUCAAUGGCGCCAUGCUACAGCAGCGGAACGGAAUGAUUCGCCUGAGGAGAGGCGCAAGCACGGCCUAUGCCCAGUCGACUUCGAACCCUCAGAGUUCUACAGCCACGGAGACGGAGGCGAGCUCGUGAUCUGCAACUCUUCAUACGUCGCAGAGACUGAGAAUUGGGGGAAAAGGACUCCGCUUGGCUACGGAUCCUUUGAACAUAAGCCUCUCAGCAGCAGAAUCUCAUCCCAGUUGCUCUACUACCGCGUGGCGGCCAUGUUCGGCAUGCCUCCACCACAACUGAUGCUUUACGCUGGUCGGUUCUGCUGGCAGGCUACGCCCCAGCAUAAAGAUGGAAAGAGUCUCCUGGAGUUGAAGGACUCGGAAGGUCAGGUCUUUGAAUGGUUUUCGGGCACCAAAGAAGCGAAGAAGGAUGCCUUGGACUUGUUAAGUUCUUGA